AACACAUACAAUUGAAAUCACGUGGAUGAAAAAGAGUUGAUCACCAAGGAAACAACAGAAAGACUCAGCAAAUUUAAUGAAGCUUUUUUGUUGUUUAUAUACAAGUUUUGUUUUAAUUGUGACAAUAUUUUAGUUUUUAAAACAUGAUGCCAGUUAAAAAUUGUGAUUAAGUUAUUGGCCAAAUAUUAUGGUUGUGAUUUGGACUGAACUGUUUAAUUUUAAUCGAUAUGCAUCUUAAUGGUUUACCAAAUGAAUGUUUGCUCAUUAUUUUUCGAUCCCUCAAUGACUUGGAUGAUCUUAUCAGCUGUAGUAAAGUCUGUGAACGAUGGAGCCAUUUAAUAUAUCACCGAUUAUAUGAAGUCAAAUAUUUGACCGGAGUUCAAAGCUACUGUAAUUCGUACAAUACAGUUUAUUUUGGAAAAUCUGAUGCACUAAAAGAAGCCGAUUUCUGGGAAUUGCUGCCCAAUGUAAAGAUUCUUGAUAUAGCUGACUCAAAUGGUUUGAAUUAUGAAGAUAUGAUCAAUAUUUUGAUAAACUCCAAAUCAAUAAAAGGAUUGGUUUAUUCACCCGUUUUAACCAAAGUUAUGGCAAGAUAUUGUAUAAAUCUUGAAAUGAUUGCCACCCGAUAUUCAAAAACUUAUUUCACUGAUAUAAUUAUUCAUUGUGGGGCUAAAUUAAAGCAACUUUAUAUAUGGUAUUUCAGCUUGAGACAUCUUGAGAGGUUUGCCAAGUAUUUACCCUGCUUAGAAAGGCUUCACAUGGACGAUACAUCAGGUGACACUGGUUGGCUUUACAAUGGUCCGAUUCUGGAGAAUCUUAAAAUAUUGGAAAUUUCAUUGGAAUCAUUUGAUAAAACAAAUAUUUACGGUGGAUUUCAUUUAAUUGACUUCUGUCCAACGCUGAGAAGUGCUUACUUCACAAUUUAUGGAUCAAGUGAUUUCUUUUUUGAUGAAACAAUCAAAAAUUAUUGUUUGCAAGACUUAGUUAUACAAUAUGAGAUUUUCGAAUGUGGACAUUAUUGGCCUUCUUUAAAAAACUUUCUAUUUAAAUUUCCAAAUUUAAGACAUUUAGCUAUUCGAGGAAACCAGAAAAUCAAUGACAAUCAUAUCAAAGAACUGGUUCAUAUGCUGCCAAAUUUAAUUAUACUUGAUGUUAGACUGUCUUUUGGAAUCACUCGAGAAUCCGCUGAUUAUAUUGCUCAAUAUUGUCGUGAAUAUAAUCGAUUUGUAUCAUUUUACUUUCAACAUGAUGAAGCAAUUAGGCUAGAUUGGCCAGAGCUAUCUGUUUCGUCUAAUAGGAUUUGUCAUAAAUUUGAUUUUAUGAAAAACUGUUUUCUUAAAUCAUACACAGAACUUCCACUUCUUAUGGAUCCAAUUGAUUAACUUAUCAUCUCAAGUUGUUUUUGUUUCAAAAGUCUAGUCUGCGGAGAUGCACUCAAUUACAAUACAGUUUGAUUGCUAAGCAAAUCUUGAAUGGUAUUUGUUAUUAUUGAUUUAAUUCAUUGUUCAAUAAAUAUUUGUUGCGAAGAUAAUA